AUUUAGAAAAGAAAAAUGAAAAUAGUAGAAAAGAAGGCAUUAGGUUAAGAGUGAAGGCAGUGAGCGAAAGAGAGCAUAGUAAUACUUACUGAGUGCUUACAGUUGCUGCGUCGCAAGGUACCGGCGGCGACGGAGAACUAUCUUCUCAAUUUUCGAUCACUGCAUUGGUUCUGUUGACAAGGGUUUUGUUCUUCCUGACUUGCAUACUUGAUGGCUUCAAAGUUGCAGAAGUUGCAGGCCACAGCAUCUCAAGCGUCUCAAUUUGUAUCCAGUCGUGGAACUAACUACUACAAGCAAUUGCUGGAACAGAACAAGCAACACAUUCAGGAGCCUCCUACAGUAGAGAAAUGCAACCUGUUGGCAAAGCAAUUGUUUUACACUCGCCUUGCUAGUAUUCCGAGUCGUAAUGAGUCCUUUUGGAAGGAACUUGAUUAUGCCAAGAAUUUGUGGAAGAACAGGAAAGAGCUAAAGGUUGAAGAUGCAGGAAUUGCUGCUUUGUUUGGCCUCGAAUGCUUUGCAUGGUUUUGCGCUGGUGAGAUUGUUGGCAGAGGAUUUACUUUCACCGGUUACUAUGUCUGAUAAUAACCACUUGGAAAGUGUAGAUUUUAUCAGGGCUAAACACUCCUAAAGCCAACUGCUCUGGUCAUUUAUACAUUGUGUGGAUUAUGGCAUUCUGCAUGGCAAUUUUUGUUAUGAUAAGCCUCAAUAACCCCUUGUAGUUGAAAGCGGGAUGAACCUUGUGAUGUUCUCUUAUUAUGUUGGAAAGCUAGUGAUGGUACUCCACGGUGAUGAUGCCUCCUGCAAUUCUUUUAGAGUGUGUUUGGAUGGAGGAAUUAUAAAUUCUAAGAAUUUCAAAUACUUUAAUUGAAA